AUGUCAUUCAUCACUUUCAAUACAUCUAUACAUCAUUAUCAUCAUAAUAAUCCUAUAGAGAAAUGUUCAAUUCAUGUGAAGAAUAUGGAAUAUGCUGUAGGAUUUUUAAGAGGUUAUAUUAGUCCAAUAAUUGUAUUAUUUGGUGUAUUUGGUAAUAUAUCAGCAUUUUAUUUAUUUUUAACUCAUAAACCAUGGAAUCGUUUUUCUAUUUAUGUCAUGACAUUAGCUAUCUCUGAUAGUUUGGUCUUAAUCACUAAUACAUUAUUAGAUGAUUUUCUUGGACGUGGAUUAUAUUAUUUAACAAAUAAGAAUAUUAUGAUUAAAUUAGAUACUAUAUCAUUAAUAUCAUGUCAAUUAAUGGAAUUAAUUGGAACAUGGUUUGUAUUUAAUUCUGGUUGUUUAUUAGUUGCAUUUAGUAUAGAUCGUGUUAAUUGUUUAUAUUGGCCAUUAAAAUGUCGUUCAAAUGGUGGUGUAGGUAUGGCUAUAUUUAUUUGUACUUUCAUUAUCAUUAUUGGUUUAAUAUUUAGUAUACCAUAUGCUAUGCUACAAACAUUAAUUGAUAAAAAUAUUCAUAUAACUAAUAGUACAUUAACAAACUUUAUCAAUACUACUACUACUACUAAUAUGGAUAAUAGUAGUAUAAUGAGUAAUCAUACGAUACAAAAUCAAAUCUAUGAUUUAUCACAUUGUUCUGAUUGUAUUGAAAAUCAUCAUCAUGUGGCAGAAACAAUGAAAAGUUCUUCACCUUCAUUAACCUGUGCAUUAAGUACAAAUGGACAUCCAAUGAAUGAUAAAGAUUUAUUAUCAUUUUUAUUCAGUACAGUUUUAACUUAUAUGGUACCAUGUAUUUUAUUAGUCUUUAUUAAUUUAAUACUACUUAUUAAAUUAAUUAGUAUUAAAUCAAAACGACGUAUAUUAUGUAAAACAAUGAAUAAAAAUAUACAAUUCGUUAAUUGGUAUAAUACUACUACUAAUACUAAUACUACUACUACUAAUAAUAAUAAUAAUGAUCGAGUCAAUUUAUCAUCAAAUGAAUUGAUUUCAAUGAAUCCAAUCACAUCACCAACACCACCACCAGCACCAGCAACAACAACAACAAGGACAUUAUCAUCAGUUGUCAUAGCAACAAAUGAACAAGAAAAUUCAUUGACAUCUACAAUAACAAGUAUAUUACAACGUCGUCGUCAUACAAUCACAGAAGAUCGUAAAGAAAUUGGUCGUAUUGUUGCAUUAUUAUUAUUAUCAUUUUUUUAUUUAUGUUUUACAUUUCCAGUUAGUAUUAGUUUAACAAUAAGAGCUAAUUUAAAUUAUAAACAUUCAAAUUGUUUACAUUUAUUAUAUGCACAUUUAUCACGUUUAUUAACAUCUAUUAAAGAUAUUAAUUAUGCAUUAAAUGGUUAUACAUAUGCUGUAUUCUUUCAAUUUUAUCGUACUAAAUUAUUGAAGAUUUUAACAUGUAAAUGUACUACUACUACUACUACUACUUCUAAUCAUACUACUCAUACUCAUACUACUACUACUACUACUAAUACUACUACUAGGAACAUUCAUAAACAUCCUUAUCGUUAUCGUCAAAGCAAAACAGAGAAUUCAAAAUACACUGAUGAAUAAUAUACAACAUAGAUGAUAUGGACCAUGAAGAGAGCGGGGUGUGUGGGUGUGUGUGUGUGAGAGAGAGAGAGAGGGAGGGGGGAGAGAACGUCAAAAAAAAGAGAAAAAAAGAGAUACAUUUUUCACAUUCCUUUAUGUUACAUUUUAAAAAGAAUUUCAUUCGUUUCCUUACAAAAUUCCACAUCAUUAUUUUGAUUAUUCUAUAAUGAAGUAAACAACAACAAUCAUAAUAACAAAAGAGACAAUACACACUUCUGUUUUUCUUUUUCUUCUUCUUCUUUGUCUUCAGUUUCUAGGCAUAAUGACAUCAUGAAUCACAUGAAUUACAUAUUUAUUAUAAAGAGAAGAAAAGAAGAAAGAAGAAGAAAUUACUUAUUUAAUGCAUUUCAUAUGUAUCUCAUAUUUUUUUCUUGAUGUUAUGAUUAUUAUUUUGUUUG